AUGUCUGAUCUUUUAUCAGCAACUUCGGCAACAGACCAGAUUUUUAUUGAAGCCGAUGCUGGAGAUGGAACCCGAAGAGAAGAUUUUUAUUUGACAGGAGUGAAGUUGGCUUUGUGUGUUCUUUCACUUUUUCUUUGCAUGUUUUUGUUUGCCUUGGAUCAACUUAUUGUCACCACACUCUUAUCGACCGUGGGUAACAAAUUUAAUGCCACAGACAAAAUUGGUUGGCUAACGUCCGGAUUUCUUAUUUCAAUGUCCGUUCUUGUAUUGGUCUGGGGUAAACUAGCUAUUAUAUUUGGCAGGAAGUCCGCCAUGGUCGCGUCAAUUGUUCUUUUUGAAGCUGGUUCUCUAAUGUGCGCUCUAUCCAAUAGCAUGAAUGUCCUCAUCGGAGGCAGAGUACUUGCUGGUGUUGUGUUUAUUGUCAUCACGGAGGUGUUUCCAAUACACAGAAGACCCAUGGGAAUCGCCAUUCUUGGUACUACUUUCGCGGUUGCUUCGGUUGUUGGUCCAUUGGUUGGAGGUGCAUUCACCACUAAUGUCUCUUGGAGAUGGUGUUUUUACAUUAACUUACCAAUUGGUGCUGUUGCGUUGGUUGUGUUUGUUUUGGUCUUUAACCCUCCCAAGACAAAAACCAAAAUUUCAGAGAAACUCGUCCUCAUAGACUAUUUGGGGGUUAUUUUAGUGGCUUCAAGCUUAGUGUUGGUACUUUUGGCAUUGACCUUUGGUGCCGAUAGUCUGCACUCCUGGGACUCAGCGGCUGUGAUUAGCUGUUUUGUUCUUGGCGGUCUUUUGACAAUAACAUUUUGCAUUUGGAAUUUUCUCUUUUCAAAGCAUCCUCUUAUUCCAGCAGAUGUUGUAUUAGCAUGGCCAACAUUCGCUGCGUCUGUGCAAUUGUUUGGAACAUUUGGUUACUUUAUUGCGAGCGUUUUGUACUUGUCGAUAUACUUUCAGGUCAUUCAUGACGCUUCUGCUUGGCAAUCGGGUAUUGAUUUGCUACCUCUUAUAAUUGCAGUGGUUGUUUUUUCUAUUGGAUCUGGUUUGUUUGUGAAGAAGACAACUUUAGUUAAGCCAGUGGCAAUUUUUGGAGUGAUGUUCGGCUUCAUUGGCUGUGGACUAAUCACUUUACUAGAGGUGAAUUCUAGCUCGUCCCAAAAGAUCGGACUAUUGAUCUGCACAGGUGUUGGUGUUGGGUCUCAAAUGCAAUCUGCAAUGAUGGCUGGUCAAAUAACUGCACCAAAAACACCGGGUGGUGUUAUCUUGGCAACUACUCUAAUCAACUUUUUGCGUUCUUUUGGUGGAGCGUUUUCGGGAGCUCUUGCAGACGCAGUCUAUGGCGUAUCAUUCAACAACGAAAUUGGUGUUGCCUUGAAAUCUCAACCGCAAAGUGUGAUUACAGAGCUCUCUCAUUAUGACUUAAAAUCGAUCACUUCUUCGUCCGAUAUUAUUCAAGGAAUGACACCUGAAACAAGGGCUUUCGUCAAAGAGCAAGUAAUGAAAGCUAUUAGAAAUGUUUUUUACAUGAAUUUUGCUUUUGCUGCCAUUUCUGUGGGCGGGGUCAUUUAUCACGAACAAGAAAUUACCAAGAGCUUCGAACCAACAAAGGGAGAAGACAGAGAAUGA